UUGCACUUGCCACCAGGCCUCUCUCUCUCUCUCUCUCUCUCUCCAGUCAUUUAUUUCUCUCAACCCACAUUCUCUCUCUCUCUCUAUUGAGCCAUGGAUAGUCCGGCCAGCAUACGCAUCGCCGAGAAGCCUCCGGCAGUGCUCUCUCCGUGCGGAAGCCUUCGCCGGAGGAGCACCUCCUCUUCCAACUCGCCGGAGUUCGAGUUCUGGCGUCUCACGAACCCGUCGACUCAGCCCGACCCAGAUCUCGUCUCCGCCGACGAGCUUUUCCUCGACGGCGUCCUCCUCCCACUUCACCACCUCUCCUUCAAAUCCAUCCACCCGUCCGAUCCCGAUGUAUCGAAACCCGACCCGGAUCCUCAUUUCGCCGACCCGCCUGCUCCUCUCGUCCCUGAGCCAGAGUCUGCGACAUCAAAGGCAGAGCCCGCUCGAACAGCCCGACCCGGACCGGAGUUGACCCGUGAGACGGCCUUUUCCGGGUUCACAGCGUCGAAGCGUUGGAGAGAUAUAUUCAGGAAGAGUGAGUGCAAACCGCCGGGGAAGAGUCAGGAAGACAAGGAGAAGGAGAAGGAGAGUAAGAGAAGAGAGAAGAAGAGCCAAUCCGGGUCGGGUUCGGGUUCCGGUGCGGAGCUGAACAUCAACAUCUGGCCAUUCUCCAGAAGCAGAUCCGCCGGAAAUGGCGUGACCCGACCGAGAAUGUCGUUCGGAGCUCCGGCAAAUCGGAAGGUGAGCAGUGCGCCGUGCUCCCGGAGCAACUCCGCCGGCGAGUCCAAAUCGAGGAAGUGGCCGAGCAGUCCAGGUAGAGUCGGGGUGCAUCUAGGUCGGAGCAGCCCGGUUUGGCAAGUCCGCCGCGGAGUUUCUGCCGGAAAACCAAUUUCAGAGUCGCCGGUUGGUCGUGGCUCCGGCGACAGAGGUACGGGUGGCAAAAAGGAAAUUAUUGAGGCGAGGAGGGGUAAAACUGUAAAUGAGAAUAAUAAAGCGAAAGUGCUGAAUCUGAGCGUGCCGAUGUGCAUCGGUUAUCGGAGUCGGUUAAGCUGCAGAAGCGACGAGAGUGGAAGUAGCAAUAGUCGGAGUGGGAAUAGCAAUAUUGGGAGUGGCGACAGUAGUAACCCCAAUGCCACUACCCUGUUUGGUUUGCGUAAUCUUUUCAUUAAGAAGGUUCAUUGACUUUGACUUACCUGUAAUUUUUGUAUUAUAUAAUUUUCAUCGUCAAACCCUCUAGACGGUCUCGAGGGUCUCUCUCUUAUUUUCUUUUUGUAUUUGUUGAUGUCUUUGCUGUUACUAUCUUUUGAUUCUACUGUAAAUGACGAAUCUAGUGCAUUCAA